AUGUCUAAUACCAGAGGGCAUAAACUUAAGGUCUGCUUCCAUCAGGAGCGGUCAGAUGUGAAGCAGCAGGCUGGGGUUCACCAUGGAAGUUCUCUGGAACAACAGUGUGAGUGGGCGGACGUGGUGCCGUGGUCUGUCUGUGUGGGUGAGAAGGGCUGUGUACAUCUGGGCCCAGUCACGCUGCCAAUGGUAGCAGUGGAAUGUGAGGAGGACGUCCCUGGGCCACUGAAGUCCUGGUCUGGGCCCCGUGAUCACGUGGUCUAUCAGAAGCCCCGCCCCUUCGCUGUGACUGACAGCUGGAGCGACGGCUGCGUGUCGGCGGCUCCCGGAAGCAGCGGGCGGACGGUGACCGCCGUUUGUGGAACGGGCGGCGGGUCCGGGCGUUGGCGGCGGCGGUCCGGCGAGUGUGAGCGACAGGCCGAGGCCCGGAGCAUGGUCCCGCUGUGGCUGCUGCUGGCCCUGCCGGCGCUGCUGCUCCCCCUCUGGCUGCUGAGCGCCCACGUCCGCUAUUACUGCAAGAUGGGCUUCUACUACUCGUGGAUCAUGGCGCUGGCCCUGCCCGUCAUCCCGCUGUGUCUGUGGCGGGGCCGCGACGUGGAGAACAUGAGGUUAGUCCGUAGUGCGUUGCAACACGUCAAGAAUUUGUAUGGAAUUAAACUUGAAGUGAAGGGAUUGGAGAAUCUGAAUGUGAAGGGUCCAUAUGUCAUCAUCUCCAAUCACCAGAGUUCUCUGGAUUUGAUGGGAAUGAUGGAAAUCCUUCCCGAUCGCUGUGUCGCAAUUGCGAAAAAGGAGCUGAUGUAUGCUGGCACUGUGGGGCUGGUGUGCUGGCUCGCUGGCGUCAUCUUCAUUAACCGGCAGAAAAAAACUGAUGCCAAAAGUGUGAUGACAGAGGCUGCUCAGACCAUGCUGAAAGAGAACAUCAGGUUGUGGGUGUUUCCAGAAGGGACCCGGAACCAUGACGGGAACAUGCUGCCAUUCAAGCGAGGAGCUUUCCAUUUGGCUGUGCAGGCACAGGUUCCAAUUAUUCCAGUGGUCUUCUCCUCUUACAAUGACUUCUACAACAGAGCAGAGAAAAGGUUUACCUCUGGGAAGUGUAUAGUUCAAAUUCUUCCUUCAAUGGAGACCCGUGGGCUGACAACAGACGAUGUGCCAGAUCUAACAGAGAGAGCACGGAAUCUGCUAAUAUCCACGUGGGAUGAAAUCUCUGCUCCGAUCCUCAAAAUGAGUGGAACACACUGAAGUUCUCCUUACUCUGAUCGCUUCAUGGAGCAUUUGCGUCAGUGAUGUUUAUGCUGAGGGCUGAUCCAUUGAUGGUUCAGAUUGUACAAGGGAGUUUUACACUAAAUGAAUUUUCAUGGGACAUUAGAAAUUCUUCAUUGAUCAGCAAGAUGCAUUCACUUUGGCCAUGAGGUAGUCUCUUGCUGGACUGUAUAGGCAGGAGAUCCCAACCAAUGGAUCUGGUACCUGAGGUGGGAUCUCUUGCUUGUAACUAAUAGGAAGGGGGCAGAUGCUCUGUGAGCUGUUUAACUGCUGUCAUUUCUACUACCCAGGUGCUCCCUCCCUCCCUCCCUCAGGCCCUUAAACUUUGAGUACCAAUUUCUUCCUGUUGUGGACCUAAGUUCCAACAUUAAACAUUGGACACAAGCCAAUGUGUGAAGGAGGGUACUAGGCUGAAAUCUAUGGCUGCCAUUCACUACUAUUCACCACAAUUAAAUGCUGUUAUGCUCACUAAAUUAACAUGAGCACUGAGCAGCAAGCUGUCAAUAAGAAUUCAAAACACAAGAAUUUUGUUUUAAUAUAGGGAACUAGAUAAUCUUUGUGUGGUCACGGAGCCCAUUACACAUUCCACACCUUUCUUGAUCAGGCCUCAAUUCCCUUGCCUAAUUCAUUUAUCUGGGAAGUUGGUGACUUGGUGCCAACCCUACUAUAAGUGAGUCAGAUGCUGUUCCAGUAUGCACAGUUGACUUGUUCAAAUGCUUCAUACUAAUGUAUUUCAGUUGUUGAGUUAGCUACUGUGUAUUUAUUGAGGCAAAGAUGUCUUAAGCUUCAAGGGAGGCAAUUCCCAGUACUGAGGUAGUUGCUGUCUGCAUUGCUGAUGAGCUCGAGCUGCAUUGAGUUUCAGCGCUAGGGUGAGGGAGCUGGUGUAAAUUACAAGUCUCAGUAUUCACAGCAUACUAAGUGUACAGAAUUUAACCUGCAGUACCUAUGUGCAAAUGUCACUGUACAAUAUUUAUGGCACCAGAAAUGAAAUGUGUCCAUCCCCAGAACUUAGUCUAGCAUUGUUCAUACGGCCAAAUAAUGUGGAGGCUUCCUACCCUCCCGUGGUCACUUCCAGGUAUUAGUGUUUAGAGCCAUAGAGAUAUAGGUUCUGCGGCUAUUUUUUGCUCUUGCUUUUGAAUGUCCAUUUCUGAACCAUUUGCAAUUGUCUUGGUGAAAUAUUAAAUAAUGUUGCAUGCAAAUGUAAUUUGAUUGUUUUCGGCUUAUGUGAAGGUAUUUGAUCCUUUUUAAAGUUGUUACUUUCAAUCAACUUUUGAAUAAAUAUUUCACUGCAAGUCUGUCUUGCACCUUUCCCUCCUUCCCAUUCCUUUCACUAUUGGCAAUUGGUUCUGUCUUAAUUAUUUGUGACAACAGAAUUUCAUGAACAAUAAAAUCAUUUGGGCUAUGAUG